AUGAAUAUUGACAGUUCGGGCACGGACCCGGCUUCAAUUUUUACUUCAAUGUUCCUUCAACAACCAAGCACAAACCUUAACAACAAACCCGAGCACAACCUUAACAACAUUAAUGGUGCUGCUGUAUUGUCUAUACCAACCUUUCAAACGUAUCCGACCACCACCGCGCCCACAAUGAAUUUCAUUCAACAACCACAGAAUAUGAAUGGAGCCAGCCUCUACGCAACCCAACUCGGUCAACCUCAUCAACAGCAUGUCACCUCGCAGCAACUUAUUGCUCAACAAAUUCAAAAUCAACAACAGAAUCAACAACAACAGCAGCAACAACAGCAACGACAACAACAACAACAACAACAACAACAAGCAAGCGAUUCAUCAGUUUUCAUCAAGCGCCCACAAAAUCCAUUCAUUCUUUGGGCUACUGCAAAGCGCGCUGAUGUACUCAAGCAAUACCCAAAGAUCAGCAUGAGAGACGCUAAUGCUAUGCUUGGAUCAAUGUGGAAAGCACUCUCCGACGAGGAAAAGCGUCCAUUUUUUGAUCAAGCCAAGCAAAGCCGAGCCGAUCACAAGUUGAUGCUCAGUCAGAACCCUCACCUCAUGGUGAAACCCAUCAAAGUGCAACGCUCAAGCUCUGGGGUUGACACCGGUGCUCGUGCUCGUGAACUGAUGCAACAAUUCCCUCAAGUCUACAAGCCUCCACAGGCCGGUCAAAACUUACCACCAAUGACCCUACCAAACGGCAUGUCGACGGCUCAGUUCCCACCGAACAUGACCGUCGGCCAGGUGCUCAACGCGCCCCACUUCACCAACAAUCAGUUUGACAAAAAUGGUUCAGGAAGGCAAUUCGUCAAACGUCCACCCAAUCCGUAUAUGUGCUUCGUGCUCGAGAAACGAGGCGACAUCGUCAAAGCGAAUCCCAAGAUGCGCAUGUGCGAUAUCAACUGCAUCCUUGGGGAAAUGUGGAAAAUGCUCUCAGAAGAAGACAAAAGACCCUACUUUGAGCAGUCACAGCGCAGCAAAGAAGAGCAUAAACAACUACUCAAUGAUAAUCCACAUCUUGCCGUAAAGCCAGUGAAAGUGAAGAAAAAUGCGAAGAUGGCACGAGAGGUUCUGAAUCAACAACACCCAGACGUUUAUCAACACAUGCAACAGCCACAACAAUCACACCAACGACAAAUUCAGGUUCAGCAAAUACAGCAAGUGCAACAACUGCAGCAGCAACCGCAC